AUGGAAUCCCGCGAGCGGUUAACCCUGGAGGAUUUCGCCUCGACACCAUCGAACGAGGCGUUUGAUGCGGUGGCUUGGCUCAACCAUCGGCUCUCCAGGAGUAGCCUGCCAAUGGAGAAGUUGGAUCAACACUUGGCAUCACUGAGUAUGAGCUGUCAGCUGCUUUGUCAAGAUACCUCAGAAUCCAUCGAGCUUGCCAGCAACCAGCUGGUGUCGCAACUGAGUUCCGCGGGACCAAAGAUGGAGACCAUGCGACAGGAGGCCUCCAAGGGCUAUGGACGCCUGGGCGAUGUGCUUGAAGGCUUGAAGGACGCUGACGACCGGAAGCGCUCCGGGCUCAAGGGCCUCGCGGAGAUCGACGUGGUCAAGACACGAGUGGAGACCGCCUGCAACGCACUGCGUGAGGUGGGCUCUUGGGAGCGGAAGGUGAAAGACUGCGAACAGAUGGUCCACUCGGGCAACCUGGGCGAAGCUUUGGGGCAGCUCAAGGGUCUCCAAGGCGUGCUGGACGCCUUCCGGAUGCUCCCAGAGUUUGCACGGAAGUCGGAGCAGCUGUCGCAGCUGGAGGAGCAGCUGCUCUUCUCCGCGCGGCGCCGCGCGCGGAGUGCCUUUGAGAAGAAUAGCCCUGAGGAGCUCCGCGUGUGCAGCGAGGUCCGUCGCGGAGCCGAGCGACUGGACGACGGUCUGCUGGGUCCGGCGGUCUGA